CCACAUGAGUCUUGGUUGCGAGCAGCAGUAGAGUCAGUAUGUGAUCCUCCCUCCGCUGAUCAGACUCACAUUCAGGGUUCAUGUCCUGCUCGACAUGCCACCGCACAUGGAUUACUUCUACCACGAGUCCCGCGUCCCUUCCGCCGUCGGUCUGACCCGGGAGGAUGAGCUGGACCCCGGCGUGAUCAGCUGCAUGCUGGUCGGGGACGGAGCCGUCGGUAAAACCAGCAUGAUAAUCAGCUACACGUCCAACGGAUACCCAGCAGAGUACCAGCAGACUGGCUUCGACGUCUUCUCAGGUCAGGUCCAAGUAGAAGGAUCUCCAGUCAAAGUUCAGCUUGUGGACACUGCAGGACAAGAAGAGUUUGAUGAGUUCAGAGCGCUGUCCUACGCCCACACAGACGUCUUCCUCCUCUGCUUCAGCAUGGUCAACCCAACUUCCUUCCACAACAUCACCAAGAAGUGGGUUCCAGAAAUCCGCGCCUACAACCCGUCCUCACCCAUUGUACUGGUCGGGACGCAGGUGGACCUGAUGCUGGACGUGAAUGUCUUAAUCAACCUGGACCGCUCCAACGUGAAGCCGGUGCCGAGCUCUCGGGCCCGGGGCAUGGCGGAGAAGAUCCGGGCCGCGGACUACAUCGAGUGCUCGUCGCUCACGCAGAAGAACUUAAAAGAGGCGUUUGACGCCGCCAUCUUUGCCGCCAUUAAGAACAAAGCCCGCAAGACCAAGAAGAGAAGGUUCUCAGACAGGCGCACCAAGGCGUUCUCAAGGUGCAGCUGGAAGAAGUUCUUCUGCUUCAUCUGACUCUUGACCCUGUGGGACAAAACUUUUUUAACUUAUUUAACUAUUUUACUUUCACUUGUGUGGCAGUUUGGCAUCCUGACUUGUUAAGUAUUUCAUCCUGGAGCGAACAUCAGAGAGGAUUCUGGGUCUGGUUUACAUUAUAUUCAAAUUUUCUAUCGUUUCAGGACAGAAAAACCACACGAGCUUUGAAUGGUUUGCAAAGAGAACUCAGGGUUCAAAGGAGGAAAAGCCGCACCAUCAUGUAAAAGCUGUGAAUUUGCAUGGUGAGCUGCAGCCUGGAGAUUGAAACAGAAAGUGUGUUUGAGCAGAUGGGUGUGAGCUGCCUUGCUGUUGUGUUCUUGCUAUCUGGCUGCACCAAACUAUUUAUACGCAGCACAUGCAAGUUCAGGUUGCAGUGUGAGCAGCUGCAUUCUUCACUACCUGUGUUUAAAAAAGCUGCCCCGGCUGGUUUGUCUUAUAAAAGAACCUGGCAUUUACUUUGAAUUUCAUCACCUGCCUUAAUAUUUGUGGAAGCAGGAGGAGGGUUUGUUUGCGUCUUAAUCUCCCGGCCGGUUGAAAAAUCCUCUUGUGCGAGGUGAAGGGUGGCAGGAGAGCGCUAACCUUUGGCUUUUUGUUCCUGCCUGUCAUCAAUCUGCAUCUGUAAAAGCAAACCCCGCAGGACUUCCACCCUGCAGAUCCUCCCGGCCCAGCUUUGUUUGUAUGCUCAACACACUCCUUUUUCUCCUCGGCAGCCCAGUUUGUACAGUUAGUGGAUGCUAAACAGCCUCUGUGUGAAUGUAAGUGUGACAUAAUACACUUUAAAGAAGCCUCGUGCAUAAGAAAGGCAUAUUUUGCACUUUAACCAGUGCAUAUAAAUGUGUAAAUAAGGCAAGGCUUUAUUAUGCUUCUUGUGGAAGUUAAAUGUUUGUGUGUUCUGUUUGUUAAAACAGUGUUUGUCUAUGAAAUAUUAUUGUCAGAUAUCUCCUGCUCUAACCUGUGUGUGUUUUUUUUACAUGGCGGAGUGCAAAUAAAUGAAGUGCAACUUA